CUAAACUAGCCUCAAUCACAUAUGGAAAUGGGGGGAUGGGAUGCGCCCCAACAGCUAAAGGCGGUAAAAAAAUCGCGACAUCACCAUCGCCCCCUCUCUUAAUUAUAGAGAAGAGUCCACUGUCACGAUUCAAUAAGGGAAAGUCUCUUCUCUUUCAGGAAAGCCACUGGGUUGUGUCUCAGGCCCCGGAGGGAAAGAAGAGAGUUGAGGAAUGGGGAACUGGGGCCACCGUGAGCCAGAGGAAAGCCCCUCAAGAGGAAAGCGUCCCAACUGCAGAAAGCGUAUGGUAGCACGGGCUAAGAAACUUCUUUCUCCUGGCGACACUUCCAGGGUUCCCACUGCAACAGGAUCGGGACCCCGUUCCCUAUCGCGGGAGGAGUGACAAUAUUUUUAAAUUCAUUGACGCCCAAAUUCUAUGUGGCACUUACAGGGACAUCUUCUUUGAUAUCAGGACUAAUAUUUAUAUUUGAAUGGUGGUACUUCCAUAAACAUGGCACAUCUUUUAUUGAACAAGUGUCUGUAAGCCAUUUGCGACCAUUGAUGGGAGGAACAGAAAGCAGCAUUGCAGAGCCAGGUUUUCCUUCCAGCAACAGAGAAAGUGAAACCAGCAGACAGAAUCUGUCAGAAUGCAAGGUAUGGAGAAACCCUCUAAACCUUUUCAGAGGAGCAGAAUAUAGGAGAUACACGUGGGUGACUGGUAAAGAGCCACUUACAUACUAUGACAUGAAUUUGUCAGCUCAGGACCAUCAGACCUUUUUCACCUGUGACACGGACUUUUUACGUCCUUCAGACAUAGUUAUGCAGAAGGCAUGGAGGGAAAGAAAUCCUCCAGCUCGAAUCAAAGCAGCCUACCAAGCUUUAGAAUUAAACAAUGACUGUGCCACUGCGUAUGUUCUACUGGCGGAGGAAGAAGCCACGACUAUUGUAGAUGCUGAAAGGUUAUUUAAACAGGCACUCAAGGCAGGAGAAACAAUUUAUAGGCGGUCACAGCAGUGCCAGCACCAGAGUCCUCAGCAUGAAGCUCAACUGAGGAGGGAUACCAAUGUACUGGUAUAUAUUAAAAGAAGAUUGGCAAUGUGUGCAAGAAAAUUAGGAAGAAUAAGAGAAGCUGUAAAAAUAAUGAGAGAUUUGAUGAAAGAAUUUCCUCCUCUUACCAUGCUGAACAUCCAUGAAAAUCUCCUAGAAUCCCUUCUAGAAUUACAGGCCUAUGCCGAUGUUCAGGCAGUCCUAGCAAAAUAUGAUGAUAUAAGCCUCCCAAAGUCAGCAGCAAUCUGUUAUACAGCAGCACUAUUGAAGACGAGGACUGUUUCAGAUAAAUUCUCUCCAGAAACAGCCUCCAGAAGAGGGUUAAGCACAGCAGAGAUUAAUGCUGUGGAAGCAAUUCACAGAGCUGUGGAAUUUAAUCCUCAUGUUCCAAAAUAUUUACUAGAGAUGAAAAGUCUCAUUUUACCUCCAGAACACAUCCUGAAGCGGGGUGAUAGUGAAGCAAUUGCCUAUGCUUUCUUUCACCUUCAGCACUGGAAACGAAUAGAAGGCGCCCUUAAUCUGUUGCAGUGCACUUGGGAAGGCACUUUUAGAAUGAUUCCAUACCCAUUAGAGAAAGGCCAUCUAUUUUACCCUUAUCCCAGCUGCACAGAGACUGCUGAUAGAGAGCUAUUACCUACCUUUCAUCAUGUUUCUGUUUACCCAAAGAAGGAGCUUCCUUUUUUCAUCCAUUUCACAGCAGGACUGUGUUCUUCUACAGCAAUGAUAGCCCUUCUCACACACCAGUUUCCUGAAAUCAUGGGUGUUUUUGCUAAAGCUGUAAGUAUGAUCUCAAGGACUUGUGUAGAGUAUUUGUAAAACACACAGGAAACCAUCUCUGAUGUGUUUGUGCUAAACCAGUUGAGCAGUGGGGGAUACUUGUUAGAGUCAAUUACAGGAAUUGAUUUGUAAAGUUGCUGCCAUAAAUAUGUCAAACAUAAGGUUUUGGUGAUUUGAGCUAUAUUUUUGUUGCUUAAAAGUUUGAAGAAAACAAUGGCAUAACAUUAUAAAGUUGGUCUUUGUAGAUCACUUAUGGUGGUAAACAUAGCACUUAUUACUAGCUAAAGAAUAAUCCAGUUCUUCUAAAUGUGUUUUCUUUGGCUUUUUAAAAAAAUUCCCUAUUUUGUAAACAAGCUUUUUGAUUUUCCCAUUUAAACGAAAUCAUUAGUUCUAAGGAUUUGCUGAUCUUUAAACUCAAGAGUGCAACUAGGGUGGAGAAUAAGUAGGUAAGAUGGAACAGAUAGGACGUUUGCCCUGGGUACAGAAUAUGCCUCUUUACUCAAGGUUCUCCCUGUUAUCAUAUCUGUAUGUUCCUAUUGACCUUCUCCAACCUUGGGUCUAGAACCACGUUUAUACCUUUAUUUUCAUUUUCACCCUUUAGUUUUGAACUGCUUCUGCAUUUCCUGACCCAGGUCCAGGAAGUACUCGAGGACUGAUAGUAGAGAGGAUAUCCUGAUUAUUUACUCUUCUAUAUAAUCUUACAAUGCCAUUGGCUCAAAGUAAAAUUACCAAAGAAAAGUCCCUUAAGUGUCCAAACCUUUUUAAAAAUGUGUCUUUCUUGUACAUCUUUGCGUUUUUACCAGUUAAUGAGAGUUUAAGCCCAAAAAGAAAAAUGCUGAUUUAUUAUGUUCCCAAAUAGAAAAGUACUGAGAACGGUACAAACACUAGUCCUUACUUGGUAAUGUAAUUUCUGUAUCUUUCUCUAAAUGCCUCCAUUCUAACUCCAUUUCCUCACAAUUUUUUUUCCUGCCUUAAGAAUAGUUUAUUUUGUGCCUUAAAGAUUAGUUGGUUUUCUUCUGGCACCAGAGGUAAGAGCACUGGUUUCCCUUUUUCCCUCAAGGUCAACUGUAUAAUGUGUUAAGUUGCCACUGGCUACAAGCCUAGGAGUCUGAGACCACACUGGAUUUUGGGUCAAGCUUCAAGAAUGACUUUCCACUAUUGUUUGGGGAGUAUAGCUAUUUGGGUUGGAAGCUGACUAUCCUAUUUUCUUUUAGUGUAAAAAAGAAACUUAGUGAUCUUACUAUAACUCUGUUGUUUGCAGUGGUGCUGAUUGAGGAGUGUGUCUCAAACUGAAAUGACCUUACUGUGUAAUUUUGCAUGGAAAAAAAAAUGGACUAAAAAGGGAAUCCCAUCCUUUAACAACUGGAAAAAAAUAUGUAGCUGUGUAUUGUGAUCACAGGCAAGCAAAGAAAGAGGUAGUCCUUGGGUCUCUCUCAGGGCAGUGGGAAGGAGGUGAAACAGAGCCAGGAGGGAGCUCUAGAAUGUGGAGCAGAUGUGUCGCAGUUGUUAGCAGCGUACUUCCGUGUGAGGUACUGGCCAGCGUUAACGUGGAGGCCACUCCCCGGCUGCUCUGUUCUCUAGCUGCAGUGUAUGGGGUCUGCCUUUACCCCCAGAUCACUGAUGCACCCGAAGCACCUCUAAGGUUCCAUAGCACGAGCUCCUGAGCACUCCUUUAGCAGAGUCUGAGAAUAACUGGUCAUUCAAUUUCAAGUGGAAGCUUCUUUUUUAGGUCAAACGUUAUUAAUUUACUGUGAUGAACAAUAAACAGGCAUUUAUUUACUAUCUUUUGGUAUUUGUGUAGUUGGUGGCAUAUAGUGUUAAAAAUAUGCCUGACAGCAAACUUUUACAGCCAAUCCCUGUGGCCUCUACGUGUACAUUUUAAGUUGCUUUAUAAAAGCUGAGUAUUUACUGACAGUAUCUGCAAACCAAUAUUUGAUAUGCAGCAGUUCCAAGGGCAGGUUCCAUUUAAGGAUUAAUGGAAAAUGAUUAUGGUAUGGGCAGUCUCCAGCUUAUAAACAUAACGUAUAAAUGCCUCAACAGCCAGCCAGCAAGGGAGCAAGAGGCUCAAAUCCUACUUCUUCACCACUUAAUAAAGUGUGGUCUGUGCACUAGGUGCAUCGCCAUCGAUGACCCAGGAGCUUGUUAGAAUUGCAGAACCUCAGGCACCACUCCAGACCUCGUGAAUCUGAAUUUUAACAAGAUCCCCAGGCAACCCUACAUGCACAUUAAAACUUGAGAAGCCCUAGUGUACCCUCCCCGCCAGAAGAGGAAUUUAGAAUGCCUGGAGAGGGCCAUCUUAUCAAGGCAGAGAAGGGGCAGCAUUGCUGAGUGGGGAUGAGCGUAGGCUCUGGAGCCAGACUGCUUUGCUUUGAAUUCCAGCCCUGACACUUAUUGGCUGUGCAACCUCGGGUAUGUUACUUAACCUUUUCUCCCCUUCACUGUAAAGUAAAAUGAGAAUAGUACUACUUCGUAGGUUUCUGUGAGGGUUAAAUGAGUUUAAAAUAUGUCAGGCGUGUAGAGCCAUGUCCGCCCAUAGUAAAAACGAGUUGAGUGUUAGCUGUUGUUGCCACCGUCAUAGUCAGCGUCACCGCCGAAGUGCAGCUACCGUGGGAAACCCUGCCCCCUUCGUGUUUGGGGGAACUAUGUCCUAAUAGGAAACUCACAAUGCAUUUCCCAUAGAAACUGUAGUAUAAAUGGUGGUUGGUGUCAUUGAAACAGUAUUAUUAGUCCUAUCCUCCUGGAACAUUGUGUGUAUGUGGACCACAGAAAGUGGGGAAAUGAUUCAAAUUCUGGGCACUGGCAAACUGCCUUGCACCACAGAACCUAUACUGGUAAGUUUUCAAACUGCCUAUGUUAGGAUUUUCAAUGAAGUCAGCUAGUUGAUGGCCAAACACAGUAGAAAUCAAUGAAGAAUUUUCUUUCCGUGUUUCCCCGAAAAUAAGACCUAGCCGGACCAUCAGCUCUAAUGCGUCU